ACUGCUGAUUGCAUGAAGCACGUGGUUCACUGUGCCAGGACUCCGCGCGCAGACUAGACUUUGUUAUAUGCGCGCGCGUAAUGCAGCAGGCUGUGUAAGGCAGAGAUCAUUACCGCGCGCUCAUCUGUCCCUCAGCGCCUUUAAUCAGACGCGAUCAGACCCAAGCCUCGCUUCUUCCACACCGAGCAAGAAGCCCUUCUGAUCAGCUGGCACAGCCACCCCACGGAACACCUGGAUAAGCGAGUCAACGAAUCAACAUCUUGGAACCCAGAAAAUGGCAAACAACACCACCGAGUUCUCCUGCCCCUCAAUUGAUGACUUCCGUAACCAGGUCUAUUCCACUGCCUACUCCAUCAUCACCAUUUUUGGCCUGGUGGGUAAUGGCUUUGCCCUGGUGGUGCUCAUCCGGACCUACCGCCAGUCCUCUGCCUUCCAUGUGUACAUGCUGAACCUGGCAGUGGCGGACCUGCUGUGUGUGUGCACACUGCCUUUCCGCGUUCUCUACUAUGUGCAAAAGGGCCACUGGAUACUUGGUGACUUCCUGUGCCGCAUCAGCUCGUAUGCGCUCUAUGUCAACCUCUACUGCAGCAUUUUCUUCAUGAUGGCCAUGAGCUUUACACGUUUCCUGGCCAUCGUCUUCCCUGUGCAGAAUCUGCGCAUGGCCACUGAGCGGCGGGCGCGAGUGGUCUGCGCCUGCAUUUGGGUCUUCAUCUGUUCCACCAGCUCACCGUUCCUGCUCUCCGGCCAGCACACUGACCCGAAGACCAACAAAACCAAAUGCUUUGAGCCACCGGAGGAAUCGGGCAGCCUAAAGAAGCUGGUGGUGCUCAAUUACUUCUCACUGGUGGUGGGUUUCAUUGUGCCCUUUUUAGUGAUCCUGGUUUGCUAUGUUGGCAUUGUGCGGGCACUGCUGGGCAACUCCAAUGCAAUGAAGAAGCAGCAGAACACGCGCACCAAGGCCAUCCGUAUGAUCAUAGUUGUCAUGCUGGCCUUCUUGGUCAGCUUCAUGCCCUACCACGUGCAGCGCACCGUGCACCUCCACUUUAAAAAGCAAGGGGCCUCAUGUGAUGAGAUCAAUUACAUGCAGAAGUCGGUGGUGAUCACGCUGUGCCUGGCUGCUGCCAACUCCUGCUUCGACCCCAUGCUUUACUUCUUUUCGGGUGAGAACUUCCGUCACAGACUCUCCACUUUCCGCAAGGCAUCACUGAAUUCCCUGAACAUGAAGCGCAACCGCAAUUUGCCAUCGUCUUCCCGUCCAUUACAGCAGAGCGACCUGGAGAAAUGUAAUAGCUCAAGCAAUCUUGGGUAAUCCUAAAGAUGACAGUGCCUCCUGGCUAAACGAACGAGCAAGCAGUGAGCAAGCAUGAUGUCGUUGGAUUUUGUUUGAUUUCAUAGAAAAUUAAUUCAUAAAAAAUGGCAUUCACCUUGCCAUUAAGCUUAAACCUAAUCUUAACCUUUGAAGUGAAUUCAGUUGUGCAAACUGGUGCCUCAAGGAAUUAAAAAGAAGCGACUGUUGCUCAUUGUGGAAACUCAGGUUCAACCUGAAGGACCUGAAGGUAGGGUAAUCAUUGAAGAAAGCUCAGUAUUAUUAUGGUCCAAGAAGUGGAAAUGAAGCUUACCUGUUUUAUUGCACUUUUCUUUUUCUGGAUAUUAAUUAGCAAAGAAAAAAAUCCAGAAAACGAAAAGAAGAUAAAGGCUUACACAGAUUCUAUAUUAACUUACUAUAAAUGGACUCACAGAACAGUAGCCUGCUUACAAAAUAAUGUGUAUACUGUAUUAAUGAUGCUGCUUUAAAUCUGUAAGGCAAUGACGGAUUACCACUGACAGAUUGUUGGGCCAAUCUGCUUUUUUUUAUUAUUAUUAUAUGUUCAUAUUAAUACUGAUUAGCAUAAUGUGCUUAUAUUUUGUAAUGUACCUAUUGUAUGUUAAUAAUUGCAAAUGUUAAUGUAUUGUGUAUGUACAGUGCAAAUGCAGCAAGGCAUAUUUAUAUACAAAAGACAACUUUUUUAUACCAUGCAAACAGACUCAUUCACACCUAGGGUCAAAUCAGAGUUGCCACCCACCUACUGUGUUAUUUGGGACAUGGGUACUGUAGGACAUGCCAAACUCUGCACAGAGAGUAACCCGAGCUCAGGAUGUACCCAGACGCUAGAGCUAUGAAGGACCAAUUUGUUAAUUGCGCUGUUAUGGCGAACCAUUUCUGUUGUAAGAUAUAUUCUAAAGCUUGGGAAAGGGAAAGGGGGAUUAUGGAGUGGAUACUGUCUGUACUAGGCGAUGACAAAAAAAGGCAUACUGCAGUUAUUUAUUGCAAAUUGAACCAUUUUGUGCACCACAGUGUACUUGUUUCCCAUGCAAAGACUGGGAAGAUGGAAAAAAAAAGUCCAGUGCCAUUUUUGGGCUUGUUUCAGUUUUUCAGUUUUAGUUUUUUGUGAUGUAGUUGAGCUGGAACUUUUUUUUUUUGAGACCUGGCAACUCUGUCCACAAAGUUAAAUUACUACAGUGGACAGCCAUUUAUGUGUCACCCUUCAGUUCUGAUAGUAUUACAGUAUUCUAGCGACAUCUAGUGGCUGAAAUGGCAACUGCAUAAGAAGAUACAUUUGUACAUUUGGUAACAUAAUACAAGAACAACAGACUGCUAGUACUAGUGUGCCAUUAAUACAUGUUUUUCUUUAAUAUAUGCACUAAAAUUCAGUUGAACAGUAUAGUAUGUCAUAUUGGCUAUCUAUUAAGCGUUACUGAUAGUAAUUAGUCUAUUAUAACGUCGUAGCUUUAAUCAACUAAAAGUAAUAUAGCAUGAAGGCGUACCGACUAUCAUGUAAAUUUUUGUUAAUUGAAGAUAGCAUAUUUAAGAUUUUUAAUAAGGUACAUAAAUGAUUACUUUUCACACUGCAGAAGAUAGCUAAAUGGGUUUGCAUUAUGCAAUUUUUCGGUUGAUUUGUAAAGACGGACAAAUAAAACCCAAACUAAAAGUGCAGACCCCCCCCCCAUCAUUAUUCUAACAAUGGAGUGAUUCAUUUUCUUGUGCUUUCUCCAGCCUCAAAACUACUUACUGAACUCUUAUAACCCACAUGUCCAUAAUUAACACUCAGACUGAAUCAACACAAACAAUAAAGACGGCAAGCUGUCGCAGAGUAUAGUACUACUGUAGAUACUGUAGAUACACUUCAAGUCACGUGAACGACUGCUACCAUCCCAACACUCCGAAAUAAGUAACUGUGCAAUGUAUUAGUACUGUGCCACUCGCCACUCAUAUAGAUCAUUUGUUUGUGUCUAUUGUACUGUUGCAGCUAGAGAAAGAACAUGCAAGUAAGACUGAUCAUUGCAUAUUGUAUACUGUAGGCUAUUUGUGCUUAUGACAAUAAAAACUUGAAACAUCAGGCAAAACCAUCUUAAGGAUAAUUUUUAAAAAAAGGAAAAAUAAUAAUCCUUUU